GAGCCUCUCUUCUCAGUUUCAUCACGCUCUCUCUGUCUGUUCUGUUUCUUCACCCCCUCUUCAUCGUUGCAUUGGAGCAAUUUAGGAGGAGUAGCGAUGGCGCCCUCCUCUGCUGUGCUGUUCAGUGCUGCUGAUUCUACUGUGUUGUUUAGUGCUUCAUUGCUGGACCAGAGAGCUUCGGUGCUUGGUCGCGCCAGCUCCAGCGUUUUCGGCGACGCGCUGCGCUGCUGCAGCAACAGCAGCGGCGAUGCUGCGCUGCGGUUAUCGAAGCCGGCCUCGCAGCCGAAACAUAUCGUUGCAAAUUCUUCGACAAAUUCUGUUUCUUCGAAGGGGAGGGUAUUUGUGCCUCCCAUGCAUCAGGACAACUGGAACAAUCUGUCGUUGGGCUCACGGACUCUAACUGAUCUGGGAGUGCGGGAGUUACGAAACGCUAAUAACCGGUUGAAGAUCUUUUCUGGCACCGCCAAUCCGCAGCUUUCUCAGGAAAUAGCUUGUUACAUGGGCCUUAAUCUAGGCCAGAUCAAAAUCAAGCGUUUUGCGGACGGUGAAAUCUACGUGCAGCUCGAAGAGAGUGUACGCGGUUGCGAUGUAUUUCUCGUGCAACCCACUUGCCCACCUGCCAACGAGAAUGUGAUGGAGCUGCUGAUCAUGAUCGACGCUUGUCGACGAGCAUCAGCAAAGACCAUCACUGCUGUGAUUCCAUACUUCGGUUAUGCUCGGGCAGACCGAAAGACUCAAGGUCGAGAGUCGAUUGCUGCCAAACUGGCUGCCAAUCUCAUCACUGAGGCGGGGGCAAACCGUGUGCUUACCUGCGACCUCCAUUCUGGACAGUCGAUGGGCUACUUUGAUAUUCCGGUUGACCAUGUCUAUGGUCAGCCGGUCAUCCUCGACUAUCUUGCGAGUAAGAUGAUAUCCUCGGAUGAUCUGGUGGUGGUAUCACCUGACGUGGGUGGAGUUGCUCGCGCUCGAGCUUUUGCGAAGAAAUUGUCAGAUGCCCCUUUGGCUAUAGUAGACAAGAGGCGGCACGGUCAUAACGUCUCUGAGGUUAUGAACCUCAUCGGAGAUGUGAAAGGAAAAGUGGCUGUUAUGGUUGACGACAUGAUAGACACUGCUGGUACAAUUGCAAACAGUGCCGCUCUUUUACACGCAGAAGGAGCGAAAGAAGUGUAUGCUUGCUGCACACAUGCGGUCUUUAGUCCACCUGCAAUUGAGCGACUGUCAGGAGGUCUGUUUCAGGAGGUCAUAAUUACCAACACGAUUCCUGUACAGGAGGGGAACUACUUCCCGCAGCUGACUGUAUUGUCAGUUGCCAAUCUUCUAGGGGAGACAAUAUGGCGUGUUUAUGAUGACUGUUCAGUGAGCAGCAUCUUUCGAUGAUCGCCGCCACUACUUCUACGGAAUGCCCCAAUUGCAACCUCUUCAGUGUCAUAGGAUUUUGUGACUGCUUUCAAACACAUGCUCCCUUCCAGAUCGCUUUGUCUCUGGAAUGUUGAGCCAGUUUCUCAAUUUUGUAGGAUAGGAAUUUUCGUAUUUAUCACUGAGAAAACCACUAUGUACUCCCUGUCAGUGGACCCAGCAUACAACCUGUGAUAUGCUGCGAGGGUUUUUUUUGGUGGCCACUAAAAUCACAUAGAACCUUAGUGAAGUACCUUGGUUUUGGUCCUCUUUAAUUAAACUUGUACUUUUUAAGUAUUACUUGGUGUCGUGUAUUAAUAGGUUGAGGUGCCCAACUGAUCUGGAGUAUUCUCUGGUGUCGGCUUAGGCCUGUUCUGCAGAGAGAGGGCUCAUAAACGCUUAACCCUUGUUCACAAAAUGAAGUGCAUAUGUCCUGGCAGGGCGAUCUGUGAGUUACCAGGUACCGCUUCACGACAACUUCUUGUGUGCUCAAGAUGUAUUCACUUGUGCGGAGAAAGGUCAGCAGGUUCUCCCGUUGUGACUAUCUCUCAUUGUAUCUAUAUUCUCUUUUUAUUCCACAAUAUUUCGUAUCUACCAUGA